AUGGCCCAUAAGAAGGCAAGACAACGAAUCAGCUAUGUCCUGCCUCUUGCAAACUCCCCAGGCGGCCAUAGAUUAGGAGUGAACGGUCUUGCGGUAGACAGCGAACAGUCAAUUUUAUACUCGGGAGGAAGAGAUGGUGCCAUUUGCGCGUGGAAUCUCAAUCUUGACCUGAAAAGCUCGAUACCCUCUGAAAAUCCCUUCGACUCGCCAGAAGAUCCUCCCUCAGACUCGAGUUCCAAGACCGAGACCUCGACCACUUUCCGCGCACAAACACAGGCACAUACACAUUGGGUGAACGACAUUGUCCUCGCGCAGAACAAUACCGCUUUAGUAUCAGCAUCGUCUGACCUGACUGUCAGAGUAUGGCGGCCACUUUCGAAUGAAUCGGAGGCUCCACAGACAAUCGGGCAGCAUGCCGACUACGUCAAGCGUAUCGCGACACCCAACUCUUCUGCGGAUUGGGUUGCUUCUGGAGGACUUGAUCGACGUAUCUGCCUUUGGGAUCUAAAUGGAGCAGGGAAAAAGCUUGAAAUCGAAGUCGGAGACGAAGAAAAGAGUGAGAAAGGCUCAGUUUAUGCAUUGAGUGUGAGCCGAACCAUUCUUGCAAGUGGAGGACCAGAAUCCAUUGUUCGACUAUGGGAUCCGCGAUCGGGGAAACGAAUUACCAAGUUCGUUGGCCAUACGGAUAACAUCAGAGAUAUUCUGAUAAAUGAGACCGGAGAUACCAUCAUGACUGCCAGCUCAGACCAGACUGUUAAAGUCUGGAGUGUUACUGCGGGACGGUGCAUGCAUACAUUAACAAUGCACAACGAUAGUGUGUGGUCUCUCUAUUCCGAUGAUCCCCAGCUAGGAAUUUUCUACAGCAGUGACAGAUCUGGGUUGGUGGUCAAGACCGAUGUUCGGGGAACUCUCGGUGAGAUGGACGAUGGGCUUUCCCUUGCUGUUGCUCAGGAAAAUGAGGGGGUUAAUAAAGUUAUUGCAUGCGGAGAUUACAUUUGGACGGCGACAUCAAGUUCUUCCAUAAAUCGAUGGGCGAAUGUGGACACUGGAGCGGAUAUCCAAUUACCGGAAGCUUACAGACACCAUCGUGUAUCGAGCGCUGCGUCGAGGCCUAAACAUCUAUCACCCCCUCUCGCCAGUGGUCAGUCAAAGAAGGAAAUAUCAGCACAAUCGGUUUUGAGAAUUUCGAAUACUGCAAGUUUUCCAGCGCCCGCUAUAAGGGAUUCUGAGGCUGCCGCUAGUUACUCGGCUCUUAGUGGUGCUCGAAAAGGAUCCGAGAUAAUUGUAGAUCCAGAUAUUGGCAUCAUUGUCCCAAUACAUGCGUUACCAGAGGAGACCAUCGAGGGCCAGCAUGGGCUGGUCAAGCACAAACUUCUCAAUGAUCGUCGACGUGCUCUGACGCUGGAUACUGCUGGAGAUGUGCUGCUCUGGGAUUUAUUACGUUGUAUACCGGUUCAGUCAUUUGGGAAGCGGCAUCUCGAAGACGUCGAGCCAGAAAUCAAUACGCUGGAAGCAGUUGCCCCUUGGUGCUCCAUAGAUACUCGCACUGGACGGCUCGCUGUAGUCCUGGAGGCGUAUAACUGCUUCGAUGCCGAGAUGUAUGCGGACGAGCUUCAAGUCGAGGAGCCUGUCGAAUUUCGUGAAGAUCAGCGCAUCAAUCUGGGGAAGUGGAUACUGCGGCAUAUAUUCUCUAAUCUCAUUGAUGAGAUGAUAAAGAGGGAUGAAGUCUACCGCAAAGAGCUUAACGAUAAAAUGAACAAGGGCGGCCAACGUGCGGGUGCGCCUACUUCUAUUCAGAUACCAGCCGGUAGUUGGUCAGAAAUCGGUGCUUCUGCUAGUACUCCUCGAGCCAAUGGAAACUCGUGGCCGAUGACGCCCGGUAUGGGCAUCGGAGUUGCGACCCCAGCUCCACUGAACCAUCUCCCUGGAGUUCCGGAAGAUGGUGCUCCUUUGGAUAAACUUACCUCUGAUACAAGCCGGACGUCAGCCGAGAGAACGGGAGAUUAUUUUUCCAGUGCACCUCUUCCAUCUGAGGGCACUUCAAAACCAGCUGCUACUCCUGUAGAGCCACAGCACGACGAGAAACCCCCAAAAUCGCCUUCAGACGCGGACAAAGAGACAAAUGGCAAAGAUGGCAAUACUCUCUUCGGGAAGAAAUUCCGCAUGGGUAUGUCAUUCGGAAGCAAAAAACUGGGACGUUCAGCAUCAACCAAUACGGAGAAGCCCGUCGUUGUUGAUGAGAAAGUUGAAGAUGGCUCAGAGACGUCUGAAAAUGGAGAGAAGGAGAAAGAGGUCGAUGAUAGUUUCUUUGGCAUUGUGCAGAAGAUUAGAAAUGAGUAUGAGAAGGCUCUGCAGGAAAAUCCAGACCAAAAGCUGGAGAGUGGUAUUACCCCAAGUCUUCCAAACGAGACCCCAGUCCUAAAGCCGCCACCAAUGACGACUGUCAUUAUCCAAGAAGAAACGUCCGGUGGAAGUGCAGACCUGUACAGGGGGACAGUCGCUACUGUUGGAGAAGAUGCAAGUCUGAUAGAAGAACGGGCUCCAAUGUGGCUUGGCGAUCUUCUCCUCAGAAACAAAAUUCCAUUCAAGGAGCCAAUCAAGGUCUCAUUCGUGUUGCAGCCUUGGCAAGACCUCCUACCAAGCAUCGCUGGUCCAGACGGAAACUCUCGUUUGAAUGCCAAUAGGAUGCUUCGAGUGAAGAAAAUCCUAGCUUAUGUCGCGGAACGCAUUGAGGCGGCUCCAGAGAGUCCGGAGCUUGAUGCUCUGCGCCCAGAGGAUUACCUGGAACUUUAUUGUUAUGAUCAAAAAUUGCCCAUCACGAUGAGCCUCGCUACUCUUCGAGCUCAUGUUUGGAAGGGAGGUGCAGACGUUAUGUUAUACUAUAAGAGCAACGGUCUGAAGCCCAUUCGUUAUGAAAAGAAGCCAGAGUCAUUGACGGGGGCAUCAACUCCCACGGCGCAAGCCACAUCAUCUACAUCAUAA